UGCAGAUCCUGUAUGUCUAGCUAAGAUAUAUUAUUCUGCUGUGGAUCCCACUAAAGAUAUAUUCACUGGGCUUAUUGGGCCAAUGAAAAUAUGCAAGAAAGGAAGUUUACAUGCAAAUUGGAGACAGAAAGAUGUAGACAAGGAGUUCUAUUUGUUUCCUACAGUAUUUAAUGAGAAUGAGAGUUUACUCCUGGAAGAUAAUAUCAGAAUGUUUACAACUGCACCUGAUCAGGUGGAUAAGGAAGAUGAACACUUUCAGGAAUCUAAUAAAAUGCACUGGACUUUUAAUGUUGAAUGCCUUAAGCUGAUCAUUACACAGGCGGCAUGAAGCAAAAAUAUACUGUGAACCAAUGCAGGCGGCAGUCUGAGGAUUCCACCUUCUACCUGGGAGAGAGGACAUACUAUAUCACAGCAGUGGAGGUGGAAUGGGAUUAUUCCCCACAAAGGGAGUGGGAAAAGGAGCUUCAUCAUUUACAAGAGCAGAAUGUUUCAAAUGUAUUUUUAGAUAAGGGAGAGUUUUACAUAGGCUCAAAGUACAAGAAAGUUGUGUGUCAGCAGUAUACUGAUAGCACGUUCCGUAUUCCAGCGGAGAGAAAAGCUGAAGAAGAACAUCUGGGAAUUCUAGGUCUACAACUUCAUGCAGAUGUUGGAGACAAAGUCAAAAUUAUCUUUAAAAACAUGACCACAAGGCCCUACUCAAUACAUGCCCAUGGGGUACAAACGGAGAGUUCUACAGUUAUUCCAGCAUUACCAGGUGAAACUCUCAAUUACCUAUGGAAAAUCCCAGAAAGAUCUGGAGCUGGAACAGAGGAUUCUGCUUGUAUUCCAUGGGCUUACUAUUCAACUGUGGAUCAAGUUAAGGAUCUCUACAGUGGAUUAAUUGGCCCCGUGAUUGUUUGUCAAAGACAUUACUUGAAAGUAUUCAAUCCCAGAAAGAAACUGGAAUUUGCCCUUCUGUUUCUAGUUUUUGAUGAGAAUGAACUUUGGUACUUAGAUGACAUCAUCAAAACAUACUCUGAUCACCCCAAGAAAGUAAACAAAGAUGAUGAGGAAUUCAUAGAAAGCAAUAAAAUGCAUGCUAUUAAUGGAAGAAUGUUUGGCAACCUACAAGGCCUUACAAUGCACGUGGGAGAUGAAGUCAAUGGAUGAUGAAAUAGACUUACACACUGUACAUUUUCACGGCCAUAGCUUCUAAUACAAGCACAGGGGCGUUUAUAGUUCUGAUGUCUUUGACAUUUUCCCUGGAACAUACCAAACCCUAGAAAUGUUUCCAAGAACACCUGGAAUUUGGUUAUUCCACUGCCAUGUGAACGACCACAUUCAUGCUGGAAUGGAAACCACUUACACCGUUCUACAAAAUGAAGACACCAAGUCUGGCUGAAUGAAAUAAAUUGGUGAUAAGUGGAAAAAAGAGAAAAACCAAUGAUUCAUAACAAUGUAUGUGAAAGUGUAAAAUAGAAUGUUACUUUGGAAUGACUAUAAACAUUAAAAGAAGACUGGAAACAUACAACUUUGUGCAUUUGUGGGGGAAAACUAUUAAUUUUUUGCAAAUGGAAACAUCAACAGACUAUAUAAUGAUACAUGACUGACACUUGUACACUAGGUAAUAAAAUUGAUUCAUACAGUCUAAUCAUAUCACCACUAUUAGGGUUUAUAAAACUGCAUUUAAAAAAAAUCUAUGACCAGAUAUUCUCCUGGGUGCUCCUCAAAGGAACACUAUUAAGGUUCAUUGAAAUGUUUUCAAUCAUUGCCUUCCCAUUGAUCCCUCUAACAUGUUGUUGACAUCACACCUAAUAUUCUGAGGGAACGGGCAAGGUAUGAGGGAAGGAAAUAAAAAAUAAAAUAAAUAAAAUAGAAUGACGCAAAUCUGAGUUUUGUGAACCCCUGAAGGGAUGGUCUAAAGGACGUUAUCUGGAACUGGAGAAAAGCAGAGUUGAGAGACAAUUCUAUAGAUUAAAUCCUGGUAAGGAUAAACAUUGCCAUUAGAAGAAAAGCUUCAAAAUAGACCUGUGGCAGAUGUCACAUAAGUACAAUUUCUGCCCAGCCUCAACUGCAUUCAGAGGAUAAUAUCAAUGAACUAAACUUGAACUAAAAAUUUUUGAAACAAAAAGUUAUAAAUGAAGACACAUGGUUGUGAAUACAGUGAUAUAUUUCUUUAUUUUCACAUACACUCUAGCUAAAAGAGCAAGAGUACACAUCAACAAAAAAUGGAAACAAGGC